AUUCCAUCUCGACUGUACCCCUCGACAUGUCUCUUGUUCUUCAAUGUCAAAUGGCAUGAUGCGUGAUGCGCCCUUCGCCGUCCUUCUCCUUCCGCAUCCGCUCAUACCUCUCGCGCUCAAGACAUGACACUAUUACGCCUUCCGCGCUGGUCCAAAAGCCUGUCGAGGCCGCCUACUACCGCGGAGGCACAUCGCGUGCCGUGAUAAUACAACCACAGUUCCUGCCAAAGGAGCGCGAGAAAUGGCCGUCCAUAUUUCGCCAGAUUAUGGGGAGUGGCGAUCCAUACGGGCGACAACUUGAUGGCAUGGGCGCGGGUAUAUCGAGCCUCAGCAAGAUAUGUCUUGUUGAACCGUAUGGCAGACGCAUCUUGAAAGUGGGACGAGGGCUUCGUUUUCGGACGGGCUAUGGCGGCAUUGACGCUGCGAGGGCUAGUGCUGAAGCUAUACAAGCUCAGGAAGAAGCACAGCAGAGUGGGGACGAACAGGAGCUGGACAUUGACUAUACCUUCAUCGGGCUAGGCAUUGAGAACAGUGAAGUGGAUGUAGCAGGCAACUGCGGGAACAUGAGUAGCGCAAUUGGCCCUUACGCUUAUAACGCUGGCCUGCUUCCGCCACAACUGUACGCGCAGGGUGAUGGAGAGGUUACAGUCAAGAUACGGAACACAAAUACAGGGAAGCUAAUUGAUUCGACCUUUGAGAUAUUAGGCGGACAAGCUGCUGUCGUAGGCGACUAUAGCAUCGACGGAGUUACUGGCUCAGGUUCAAGGAUCAAGCUUGACUUCAAGCAUCCAUACGGCAGCAAGACUGGCAAAGUCCUCCCAACGGGGAAGAAAGUGAACAACAUCGCAGGCUACAAGGUGUCUUGCGUGGAUGGCGCAAACCCAGCAAUAUUCAUCCGCGCAGACGACAUCGGCGUAGACGGCACUAUCUUGCCAAAUGACUUCAAUAAGCUCCCCGACAAGCUCGCACUCCUCGAGCGCAUACGCAAAACUGCAGCCGUAGCAAUGGGCAUCGCACCCACCGAAGACCAAGUCCCCCGCACAAUUCCCAAGAUCGGCCUUGUAUCCCAGUCCUCGUCGCAUCCAGUUCUGUCAGGCCAAACAAUCAAGACUCCUCAAAUGGACAUUGUGAUCCGCUUCCUAUCAGAUACGCAACCGCAUCGUGCAAUUCCACUCACAGCAGCUCUGACAACGGCUGUCGCAGCUCGCAUCCCAGGGACCAUAGUCGAGCAAUUACUUGCUCCUGAUCCGGUCAUGAAUGAAGCAAUUACAAUUGGACAUGCGAGCGGACGAUUGCAGGUCAAUGCUACGAUGGACGAGAAGAAUAAGGUGGUACCGGUGAGCGCGACGGUAUAUAGAACAGCGAAGAGGCUAUUUGAGGGCAACGUUUUUUGGACAGAUAAAGGAGGUGAAGACCUUGACCCUAGCGCCAGCUAUGGCAGUACUGGUAGGCACUCGCUGGGUCUAGCGUUUGUGCUCGAGAGCAGGGGACAGGACUCCUCACACCUAUUUGAAGGAGACGCCAAGCAAGAUGAAAGCCAAAAUCUGAAAGAGAACCGCGUACAAGAGGCGGAGAAGGAAGCAAUAGAGCAGAAAGAUGGCGAGCUACAACCCAUGGCCAACCUCAACUACAGACCCUUGGGCGACUCGCAAUCCAAUCACCAGAACGAAGCAGAGCACCUAAUCCCAGAGACACCCCUUCGAACCGCCAUUCAUCAACUCCAUUCUCAUCUAGACUCCCUCCUUUCCGACCCGGACUUCUCAUCCCGCCCCUAUACCCCAAAUCUUCUGAACAGCCUCGAAUCUUCGUACAAAAAGAUACUCGCCAACUCUCGUGCCCGCACGCAAACCGUCAAGGGCAACCAAUGGCAUCACUGGGCUCAGACUCUACACAAGCGAAAAAAGAGCGUCAGAGAGUCUGCGGAAAGAAGUGAGGUUGUGGAGAAGAAGAUGCAGAAAGGCUUCAAGAGGACUACGAGGCGGGAGAUGGGCUUGGAUAAGAUGGGGAAUGCGAUCUGGGACAAGGACAGCGAUGAAAGUGGGAAGAGGGUGAGGAGGAAGGAACGAGUUAUGAAGGCAGCCGGCUGGCCGCACUUUCCAGCGUAGAUGUUACUCGCAUGUGUCAAGUAAGUUAGGCUGGAGAUUAGGGGCAAGGUGCAUUCGGGCGGUUGUAUUCUGCAGAAGCAAAGCAUGGAAUCAUGUACAUCGAGACGAUCAGAUAUCUUAAUUCAAUUCGACAACAACAAAGAACACUACAUCGAACA